UCAUAAAUAAAAAUUUUCCUGUUAUUUUCAAGUGGUUGCGGUUUUGAUAUUUUAGAAAAUACGAACGCACUUAUCUAUAAAGAAUUGUCGUUAGCCAGAUUGGUCGGCAAGGAACGUUUCGGUAAUAUGAGCGUAGUUUCUGUAAUUCAUUUGCUUUCGCUGUAUUCAAAUAAAAAUUUUAAAAGUUUAAAGCAUUUCUGCCGGCAAGUCCGAUAUUAAAAUCGCCGGCCUGGAAAUAGAUUUCGACUAAAUUUUUCGUUUAACGCAAAUUACACAAAACCUGUCUUGUUUCAUUCAAAAAAUGCGCCGUCUAGUACUGGCAAAGCUCCAAUCUCCGCCCCCUACACCUUCGAAAGACAACAUUGCGGGUUUAAAAAUAGCCACGUGCUGAUUUCUUUCUGCACUCGUUUUCCGAUGACGAAUCAGUCGGGAAAAUGGACGGGAGACGAUCGCGCGGCGUGUCCAGAGCUCGAAGCCCCGCUAUUUCCUACAAACACGACAGGCCAAGGGAGAAAAUCAAAGACUGUUGUAGGAAAAUAGUUGCGUUCAUGUGCACACAAGUGGGAGUCGGUGCACUCAUUUUGUGCUACACCAUGAUCGGGGCGUUGGGGUUCAUGAGGGUGGAGCGGAGUACAGAGAACCCUCAGCUCCACAAAGUCAUGGCGAUGCGAAAUCGCACGGUGAGGAGUCUGUUUAAAGUGGCGGUGGUGAACAAUGUGUUCAAUAAGUACACGUUUGAUAGUGACGCGAACAAAGUGCUCAAACAGUAUCAAUCGGACUUGGUGCAGAUUUUCAGGCACGGUUACGAUGAGCGGCCGCUCGAAGAGAUCUGGACGUUUCCGGCGGCGCUCAUGUUCUCACUCAGCAUAAUCACGAUGGUGGGCUACGGCAACAUGGUACCGAAAACCUCGGCGGGCAAAAUACUGACCAUGGUGUACGCGUUGUUCGGCAUACCACUGUACGUGUUGUAUUUCAAAAACAUGGGCAAAAUAUUCGCGGGCUGUUUCAAGUGGGGCUACAGGCGGCUGUACGAGUGCUCGACGGAGAAGGACGACAGCGCACCGCCGAAAAGGAUCGUGGUACCGUCGACAGCAUGCCUCUGGGUGAUACUGGCCUACAUUUUGACCGGCGCAGUCAUGUUCAGCGAAUGGGAACAGUGGGGGUUUUUGGACAGCACGUAUUUCUGCGUGACCAGCUUGUGCAAGCUCGGCAUGGGAGAUCUCGUUCCCGGUGCGGAUGUCUCCGCCUCCACUCACGGUAACCAAACGAAAUUGGUGAUCAACUUCAUCUAUAUGCUUUUAGGACUCGGAUUGGUCGCGAUGUGUUACAAUCUGAUGAGGGAGGAGAUACGCAUCAAGGUCAACGAAACGCAGGAGGAUUUUAACCAGUGCCUGGAAGAUACUAAGUUGAGGUUGCAACGGUCGUGCCGAAAAUGCAGAAGUCAGAAAGCCGAAUACGACGACUAUUGAACCGAAUUUAAUAAAAUAAUGUUGUUCAAACCGGCUCGUAUUAUUUUCACCCCUGAGGAUUCGCGGCUUUGCAGGUAAAAAAAAAACG